AUGCUUCUUGACUUCGACAAUUCCACUUCUCCGGUCUUCUCUCUGAAAUCUAUAUCAUUAUCUUCCUCAACUGGUUCUACUCUUAUUCACCCUUCCAUGGCCUCCUUUUCUUUAGCUCCUUGCCUUCUCUUCCUCCUUUUCUUCUUUUUCAUCGUUAAUGGCGCUGCACAAUCUCAGUCUUCAUCUCUUGAUUUUGUGUACAAUGGUUUCAAUCGCACAGAAACAAACUUCAUUCUGAAGGGUGCCACUAUUAUAAAACCCAGUGGCGCACUUAAGCUCACCAACAGGUCACGUGAUGUAAUCGGGCAUGCAUUCUAUCCUGACCCAAUCAAUCUGUUGAACUCUUCCAACAAUAUUUCUUCAUUCAGCACCUCCUUUGUUUUCUCAAUCAUUCCCUCCGGCUCUGACGGAGGCGGCUACGGCCUCGCAUUUUUGUUAUCACCAUCUACAGACCUACAAGGGGCUGACAGUGGGCAUUAUCUGGGAAUUCUCAACUCCACAAAUGAUGGUGAUGAAUCAAACCACAUCUUUGCGGUUGAAUUCGAUACAGUUAACGGACACAAUGAAGGCAAAAGCAGUGAAGGUAACCAUGUUGGAAUCAACAUCAAUAGCAUGGAUUCAGUUGCAACAGAACCUGCUUCAUAUUAUGUCAAUGAUACAGACAAGAAGGAAGAGGUAAAUUUGGACAGUGGACAUAUCCAAGCUUGGAUCGACUACGCGGAUGGUGUUGUGAAUGUCACAAUCGCUCCAUUAUCGAUUCCGGACAAACCAAUGAAACCACUCAUGUCUAAAGGAAUCGAGCUAUCUAGGGUUGUCACGAACAGUAUGUAUGUUGGUUUUUCUGCAUCCACGGGAGAAGAGAGGAGCUCUCAUUACAUAUUGGGAUGGAGUUUUUGCAUCAAUGGAACAGCUCGUCCGCUCAAUCUUUCUAUGCUCCCAGCGCCACCAAUCUUUUUAAGGUUUUAA